GUUGCUCCAUCGUCAGUGUGGCAAGAAGCAAGACAGGGAAUAACAGAAAAAAUGGCAAAUCCGUUUGAUUGGACAUUCACAUCCAGAUAUGCAGGAAGUGUUCAGAAUUGUAGUGUGAGUAUUGGGACAUUAUCUAUCUACCAGAUGAUUCUCAUUCGUAUGUUGCAGGUGGAGGCUAGUGACGAAAUGAUUGAUGUGGAGAGGCUGAAGCGUCAAGAACCAAUAGGAUUCUAUGCUCAAGUGACGCUGUAUGAAGAUGAACUAGCCGAUCAUGGCACAGCCCAGAUGUCUGUUCGUCUUCGCGUUAUGCCCAAUUUCUUUUUUGUGCUCAUGCGGUUUUAUCUGCGUAUAGACAGGGUUUUGGUCCGCGUUUGUGAUACUCGUCUGCUGGGAGAUAAUGGCAAAGACUACAUGGUUAGAGAAUGGAGCCUCCGUGAAGCAAAAGUAGCUGAUCUCGAACAUCUUGUAAGAGCUUCACUAGCAUGGUUGUUCCUCCUGUGCUUUGAGCUUAUACUCGGAGAGCAUUAUGGCCCGUUAACCGUUCUAACACAGCACGCCUACUCACUGCUUAUAUAUCGCUUCGCAAAAUUUCCAAGAAACACAAGCUAG